GGGCACUCUCCAUGCAAAGGAGGACAGAGGACUUUUACCUAUAUAUACUCUACAUGUCUACUAUUCAGAGAGUACACUUUUAAUUUUACUGAGGAGUCCUCUAACUUGGCUAAAACCAAUGAUAACCUUUCUCAAGUUAUACUGGAGGACUCCUCAAUAUAGUUACACUGUAGAUUUUAUCCUAAUACCUAUAAGUGAUCCUUUCCACUGUUUGUUAAGACAGUCAUGUAAAAUUUUAUCUAUGGGACAAGUGCAUGACUGUGUCCGUAUAGUUUGGAAAAUAAAUGUGUACAUGCAUGUGCCACCCUCCCCCUCCAUGUACAUCACACUUUUAAGCCCCAUAUAAUUAUGGCAUAUACGCUCGUGGGUUACGUAACCUCGUGCAUUAUUUUCAUCGUCCUCUUGCACACGUUAAAACUGACCCUUAUAUAAUUAUAGCUAGCUAGUCAUAUGAUAUACUAAAAUUAAUACUGCAUGCAUGCAUGCAUGGUGCUUGCAUAUUUUUCCACUCUUUUGUUGCUAUGCUUAUACUUAAAAAUUAUUAUAGUUUGGACUUCAUUUUAGGUGCUUCCUGCAUGUAUACCUGCAUGAGCAUGCACUUAUAUAAGCUGCUGUAUGUGACAAAAAAAUAGAAAAUUUAACUGGACUGAUUCAUCAUGGACUGGCUGUCACUAAUGUGUGCCUGCAUUGCUCUCUGCGUGAUGGAAUCCUCGGUAACAUCUGCAACCUCAUGUAUUCAUCAACCAUCUCAGAUAAUAGCCAAUGUUGUCCAAAACACAAACAGCAGUGACGGUCGGGAAAAAAGAGAAACACAUGAGCCACUCAGGACUCACUUCCACUAUGAUAACAGUAUCAAUACAAUGUUGGACUCGACUCAACGAGGACGUCUACAGAAUGUCGUGAUUCCUGGUUUGGAUAAUUUCUUUAAAUCUGCUCUCUCUGUUAUCAGAGCCACCAGUCCCAUUCUGCUUGAGCGAGGUUGUGUUGAUCAGCAAUAUUUAUUGCCUGUUGCUAACCCACGAGAGUGUGUCUCACAGUGUUUGAACCCACCAAUGUGUGGUCUGACACAAAUCCCAGAGGAGCACCUGAAGAGGUGUGUUGAGUGCAAUGAUGAUGAUAACUCCUGUGACACCAGGCCUGGUACUGUGGAUGGUGCGGGUGUGCCCGACACUGACCUUAUCAUUUAUGUGUCUGCUGUCUGUACUGACACUGAGGUUGAGGGAGGACUGCUGGCAUUCGCUAGCUGCUGUGAACUUGAGAAUGAGUUGGAUAGACCCAUUGCUGGUUACAUCAACUUCUGUCCUUCUCCGUUCGCUAAUCUCACUGAUGACGGAGCCAUUGCGCUGGGGAUCCAUGAAGUUAUGCAUGCAAUAGGAUUUAGUUCUAGUCUGUUUCAAUGGUUUCGUGAUGAAAAUGGCAAUCCCAGGACUGCAAGAGGCCAGGAUGGUUCUCCCCCAAGUGUCCCAAGUACCAACACAGUACGGACAGAGACGUACACCGACUGGUCCACCAGAGAUGGCCUCGUCAAUCAUGAAGUGACACUCUUGGUCACUCCUAAUGUUGUGGAGCAAGCUCGACUGCACUACAACUGUUCUAACAUCAUUGGUGUUGAAUUAGAGAACCAGGGCGGAGAAGGAACAGCUGGUUCUCACUGGGAGCAGAGGAUUAUGGGGAAUGAAGGAAUGACAGGGGUCACACUGUUCACCUGUCCUUUCUCAAGGAUCACUCUUGGGCUCUUUCAGGAUACUGGGUGGUAUAUUCCCAAUUACGAGGUGGCUGAUGCCUUUGCUUGGGGUCUCAACUCUGGCUGUACAAUUCCUCACGGCAGCUGUAGGGAGUAUAUUACUCAGCAGCAAGAAAGUGGAAGGAGCAUAUCGCCGUAUUGUGUUGAUGUUGAUGACGAUACUAGAGGAUGCACAAUGGAUCACGAGUUCAUUUCUCACUGCAAUCUUGAGAGUGACGUCGAUCCUCCACCUACAUCUCUAUAUCAGUUUUUUGAUACAAGUGCAAGUUAUGGUGGUCGAACUGAGACUGCAGAUUACUGCCCAUUUGAGGAUGCCAUACCUUCAACAAGAUGCUCUGAGGCCUCCAACAGCCCAUCAGUGAACAAUGGUGGUCAAUUGUACGGAGUAGGCUCUCGCUGCUUCCAGUUGGGAAGAGACUGGACUAGAACGAACAGUAUUGGCACUGAAGGAAGGUACACUACUGCUGCUGGGUGUUAUCGGUAUAAUUGUACCUCUUCUGGAGUUGAGAUCAUUCUCGAGGGCGUGUCUUUUCUGUGCUCUUGUGCAGGGGAAGAGAUUAUUGUGGACACAACUGUGAAUGGCAUUCGCUACCAAGGCUCAUACAUCUGCCCAUCCUGCGCCAGCGUAUGCUAUGACGACUUAGAAAGUUGUCCAUCUGCAGAACCUGCUGCAUGUCCAGGACGAAUCACAGACUGUAACUCUCUCCCUCACACAGUCCCAGAUCCAUGCUCAUCUAGUCCAUGUGAAGUCAACGCAGCCUGUGUUAGAGAUAGUGUGAUGACGGAUAGUUUCACAUGCACAUGCAUUCCUCCAUUUGAGGCCAAUGGAACUAAUUGUGAAGUCCCAGAUCCAUGCUCGUCUAGUCCAUGUGACACCAACGCAGCCUGUGUUAGGGAUAGCGUGACAACGGAUAGUUUCACAUGCGCAUGCAUUCCUUCAUUUGAGGCCGAUGGAAUUAGUUGUGAAGUCCCAGAUCCAUGCUCGUCUAGUCCAUGUGAAGUCAAUGCAGCCUGUGUUAGGGAUAGUUUAACAACGGACAGUUUCACAUGCACAUGUAUUCCUCCAUUUGAGGCCAACGGAAUUAGUUGCGAAGUCCCAGAUCCAUGCUCGUCUAGUCCAUGUGACACCAACGCAGCCUGUGUUAGGGAUAGCGUGACAACGGAUAGUUUCACAUGCAUAUGCAUUCCUCCAUUUGAGGCCAAUGGAAUUAGUUGUGAAGUCCCAGAUCCAUGCUCAUCUAGUCCAUGUGAAGUCAACGCAGCCUGUGUUAGUGAUAGUGUGAUGACGGAUAGUUUCACAUGCACAUGCGUUCCUCCAUUUGAGGCCAACGGAUUUAGUUGCGAAGUCCCAGAUCCAUGCUUGUCUAGUCCAUGUGACACAAACGCAGCCUGUGUUAGGGAUAGCGUGACAACGGAUAGUUUCACAUGCACAUGCAUUCCUCCAUUUGAGGCCGAUGGAAUUAGUUGUGAAGUCCCAGAUCCAUGCUCGUCUAGUCCAUGUGAAGUCAAUGCAGCCUGUGUUAGGGAUAGUUUAACAACGGACAGUUUCACAUGCACAUGUAUUCCUCCAUUUGAGGCCAACGGAUUUAGUUGCGAAGUCCCAGAUCCAUGCUCGUCUAGUCCAUGUGACACCAACGCAGCCUGUGUUAGGGAUAGCGUGACAACGGAUAGUUUCACAUGCGUAUGCAUUCCUCCAUUUGAGGCCAAUGGAAUUAGUUGUGAAGUCCCAGAUCCAUGCUCAUCUAGUCCAUGUGAAGUCAACGCAGCCUGUGUUAGAGAUAGUGUGAUGACGGAUAGUUUCACAUGCACAUGCAUUCCUCCAUUUGAGGCCAAUGGAAUUAGUUGUGAAGUCCCAGAUCCAUGCUCGUCUAGUCCAUGUGACACCAACGCAGCCUGUGUUAGGGAUAGCGUGACAACGGAUAGUUUCACAUGCGCAUGCAUUCCUCCAUUUGAGGCCAAUGGAAUUAGUUGUGAAGUCCCAGAUCCAUGCUCAUCUAUUCCAUGUGAUGCCAAUGCAGCCUGUGUUAGGGAUAGUUUAACAACGGACAGUUUCACAUGCACAUGCAUUCCUCCAUUUGAGGCCAAUGGAAUUAGUUGUGAAGAUCCUGGUUCGAAUCUAUGUCAUCCUAGUCCAUGUGAUGUGAAUGCUGUCUGUGCCACUGUAAGUGCGUUGCCCUCUGGUUUCACCUGCAUGUGCAAUCCACCUUAUAUUGGAGAUGGCUUCUCUUGUCAAGUGAUUGUCAGCUUUGAGCACUCUGAGUACUCAACUACGGAGGGGAUUGGUGAUCGAGACCUUGCUCUCCAGAUUUGUCUCGUUGUGGAAGAUUCUCCUCUUGUUUUUGAUGUGGUCUUGGUUACUGAAGAGUCUGAUGAUUUUGAUAUUCUUUCGAGUAUGGUCAACUUCCAGUCUAUGAUUGGUACUCAGAGAAGGUGUACUUGUGUCGAUGUAACACAAGAUCUCAUUGAUGAAGAUGAUGAAAUAUUCUCAAUAUUUGCUCUCUCGAUUGACCCUGCCAUCGGAUUCUCUAGUAAUAGAACCACUCUUACAGUAAUCGAUGAUGAUGACUUCUCCUUUCGUUUCAGAAAUAAUACUCCAAGGGUGAUUGGGAAUAGGUAUGAAUUCGAGUUUAGCAUGGGAACAUCUUUCCUUAGUGCAACCUGUCAGAUUGAGAGAAGGUCGUCUGAUUGUACAUCUGGUAUAUAUGUUGGGAGUCUAGGGUCAUUACGAAGAAAAAAGUUCACAUUCACUGUGAGCAGUAAAGGCCCUGCUGAUAUCAUCAUGGAUUUCAGCAGGACUUUUAGAUUAGAUUCAAUAAGUAACUGUUGGCUCCACCUCAUUAACAAUGGAAUCACUAUUACUGGAGACUCUGUGUUUGUUGAGUGGCAAGGAACUGGUCCAAAUAACGAGCAAAACAAAAAAUUCGUAUGCACUCUGGACAAUCAAAUCCCAAUAUCUUGCACUUCAUCUGAAGGAUUCUCAAGUUUUGGACUAUCUCCUGGCAUGCACAGUCUUGUGAUCAGACCAUUCAACUCUGGAUGUAGAAGAGCAAUCCCACGAUUGAUCAAGUUUAAGAUUACUCCAUAGUAUAUAUAUACAGAUACCAAGACUGUAAAAUUAAUAAUAUAGUCAGUAGGGUAAUUAUAAUUAUGCAACAGAGACGAACAAUAUUGUAUAUGAAACCGAGUUAAGAACUAAGUUGUUAUUUCAUGUCUUUCAAUCACAUAACUGAGCGUAUACUAUCAGUACUAUCAUCAUUAAUAUCAUCCUCCUUUUAUUUUUAUUUUUAUCAUAGUGAUGUGUAUGGCAAAAUUUGUACAGUCAGUCACAUCUUCUGUUAGAAGGAGUUAAUUGCUCAAACUUGA